CUUUCUGAGGUUGGAUUUAUUCUCUCCCUGCUUCUGAGCCAACGAUGAGGAAAUGGGAAUCAAUGCGGAAGCAAAUAGAAGAGCGAGCAUCUCACUAUGAGAGGAAGCCAUUGUCGUCUGUGUAUAGACCGAGACUGUCCAAGCCAGAAGAACCACCCUCUAUUUGGAAGCUCUUUCAUCGUCAGAAUCAAGCUUUUAAUUUUGUUAAAAGCUGUAAAGAGAAUGUUCACGUAUUUGCUUUGGAGUGCAAAGCAGGAGAUGGACAACGCAUUUACCUUGUGACGUCCUAUGCUCAGCUUUGGUUUUACUACAAGUCCCGGAAAACUCUCUUGCAUUGCUAUGAAGUUAUUCCUGAGAAUGCUGUGUGCAAGCUUUAUUUUGAUUUGGAAUUUAACAAACUGGCCAACCCAGGAGCUGAUGGGAAAAGGAUGGUUGCAUUGCUCAUAGAGCAUGUUUGUAAAGCACUUGAGGAGUUAUACAAUGUUCACUGCUCAGCUGAAGAUGUUUUCAACUUGGAUUCCAGCACUGAAGAAAAAUUUAGCCGACAUCUAAUAUUUCAGCUCCAUGAUGUGGCAUUUAAAGAUAACAUUCAUGUUGGUAAUUUUGUGAGAAAAAUUCUGCAACCUGCUCUUCACUUAAUUACCCAGGAAGAUGAAGAUAAAAUUCUAGAGGAAAUGGGCCACGAAGCUUCCUGGUUUUCUGAUGUACCAUCAGAACAAGAGACUUCAGAAGCCCGGGAGACGCCGGCGUUGCCUACACAGCACGGCCCCGACCUUUCCUUUUUAGUUGUGAAGAAUGACAUAGGAGAAAAGUGUCUUUUUGUAGACUUAGGAGUUUAUACAAGAAACAGAAACUUUCGACUGUAUCAAUCAUCAAAGAUAGGAAAAUGUGUGGCUUUGGAGGUUGCUGAAGAUAACAGAUUUAUCCCAGAACAGUCAAAAGAUAUUUCUGAGGAAAACCAGUAUUUCCUGUCUUCCCUGGUGAGCAAUGUCAGAUUCUCAGACUCUUUACGAAUUCUCACUUGUGACACAUCUCAGACUAAAAGAAAGCGGGCUGAGUAUUUUAACAGCACUGGCGCUUCAGCCGAAUCCAUUGAAGGCUUUCAAUGCUCACCGUAUCCUGAAGUUGACCAAUUUGUUAUUUCUUUGGUGAAUAAACACGCCAUUAAAGGAGGAAUUCGGCGUUGGAACUACUUUUUUCCAGAAGAAUUACUGGUUUAUGAUAUUUGUAAAUAUCGUUGGUGUGAAAACAUUGGAAGACCCCACAAAAGUAAUAAUAUUAUGAUUCUGGUUGAUCUGAAAAAUGAAGUUUGGUAUCAAAAAUGCCAUGAUCCUGUAUGUAAAGCACAAAACUUCAAAUCUAACUGUUUUCCAUUACCCACUGAAGUAAGUCUGCGGUUUCUUCUGAAAGAGGAGGAGUUCACUUCUGAUGAAGCAGACGAGUUCAGCAACUCACUGGCCAAGAAUUCUCAAAUCCCAUCAUCCAGCAGCCUGUUACCAGGCGAGUCUUCCGAUGCUGACUGGGAUGACAAAGACGAUGCCUGCUUCCUAGAAGCCACAGAAGAUGCUGAAUUUGCUGAUGCUGCAGACAGGAGUCUUCUUGGUGACAGGAGUGCAAUGGACGAUAUUCCUGACGAACUCAUUAUGGAAGCAUUACAGAGUAGCUAACCAUGGACAGGAUACAUAAUGAGGCUACAGUUUGCCUGAAGCCUGAGAUUUGAUGACAUAAAUGUUAAAUUAGGGCUGCGGCUAUAGCCCAAGAGUAAACUACUUACCUAGCAUGUGCAAGGCCCUGCAUCUAAUCUGCAAUACCAUAAAAAAAAAAUCAAAUUACAUUAGCUUAUUAUUAAACCUGUUUAUAACAACCGUUUUAUCACUUAGCUUUCUAAUAAUUUGCUUUUUACCUGAGCCAGUUUUAUUGAAGAUUAACUUUGACAUACUUCAAUAGAUGCUCCUAAUUAACCAAAACUAUUCCAUGCUUGCACUGACAUCAUUAAAAGUUUAUUGUAGGGUAAAACUCUUAUGCCAAGUGAUGACUAACAUGUCAAGACUGAAAUUUAUUAAUAAUAAUCAGAACUACAUGGUUUCUGAAACUGCUACAAU